AUGGAGCCCUUCACAGCGCGCAGCACCAGUCCGCAGCCGGAGGCAGGGGCCGACGGCGGCAGCAGCAGCAGCCCGGGAGAGGAGCCCCCUCCGGGCGGGCCGCUCUGGACCGCAGUGUUCGAGUACGAGGCGUGCGGCGACGACGAGUUGAGCCUGCGGCCGGGGGACGUGGUGCAGGUGCUGUCGCGGGACUCGCUCGUGUCCGGGGACGAGGGCUGGUGGACGGGGCGGAUCGACCAGCGCGUCGGCAUCUUCCCCAGCAACUACGUGAGCAGCAGCGCGCACAGCCGCCGCCAGGGGGGCGCCCAGGAGCUGCGGCCCCACUACGCGCCGCCCCCGGCCAUACACCUACUGGAGAUUGACUUCUCAGAGCUGGCUCUGGAGGAAAUCAUUGGCAUAGGAGGCUUUGGAAAAGUCUAUCGAGCUGAUUGGGAAGGAGACGAGGUUGCUGUCAAGGCAGCUCGUUAUGACCCUGAUGAGGACAUCAGCCAGACCAUUGAGAAUGUCCGCCAAGAGGCCAAGCUCUUUGCUAUGUUGAAGCAUCCCAACAUUAUUGCCCUUAGGGGAGUGUGUCUGAAGGAACCUACCCUCUGCCUGAUCAUGGAGUUUGCCCGUGGUGGGUCGCUAAAUAGGGUGCUUUCAGGUAAAAGGAUCCCCCCAGACAUACUAGUGAACUGGGCAGUCCAGAUUGCCAGGGGAAUGAAUUACCUGCAUGACGAAGCGAUUGUUCCUAUUAUCCACCGUGACCUCAAGUCCAGCAACAUAUUGAUACUCGAAAAGGUGGAAAAUGGAGACCUGAGCAACAAGAUAUUGAAGAUCACGGAUUUCGGCUUGGCCAGAGAAUGGCAUAAAACCACCAAAAUGAGUGCAGCUGGAACAUAUGCCUGGAUGGCUCCUGAGGUCAUCCGCUCCUCCAUGUUCUCCAAAGGCAGCGAUGUGUGGAGUUAUGGUGUGCUGCUUUGGGAACUGCUAACUGGGGAGGUACCAUUCCGAGGAAUUGAUGGUCUAGCAGUAGCAUACGGAGUUGCCAUGAAUAAACUUGCCCUUCCGAUCCCAUCCACAUGCCCAGAACCUUUUGCCAAACUCAUGGAAGACUGUUGGAAUUCUGACCCACACUCUCGACCAUCUUUCGCCAAUAUACUAGACCAACUCACUACCAUAGAGGAGUCUGGCUUCUUUGAAAUGCCCAAAGAUUCCUUCCACUCCUUGCAGGAAGACUGGAAGCAUGAGAUCCAGGAGAUGUUUGAUCAGCUUAGAGCCAAAGAAAAGGAGCUGCGCACGUGGGAGGAGGAGCUGACCCGUGCUGCACUCCAGCAGAAGAACCAUGAGGAGCUGCUGCGGCGGCGGGAGCAGGAGUUGGCGGAGCGUGAAAUUGACAUCCUAGAAAGGGAGCUCAACAUCAUCAUCCACCAGUUGUGCCAGGAGAAGCCUCGGGUGAAGAAGCGCAUAGGCAAGUUCAAGAAGAACCGUCUUAAGUUGAAAGAUGGCAAUCGCAUCAGCCUCCCUUCAGAUUUCCAGCACAAAUUCACUGUACAAGCAUCUCCAACCAUGGACAAAAGGAAAAGCUUGAUCAGUAGUUGUUCCAGUCCUCCUGCAAGUCCUACCAUCAUUCCCAGACUCAGGGCCAUACAGUUGACACCUGGCGAAAACAGCAAAGCAUGGGGAUGCAACUCAGUCUUACAGAAGGAGGAAGGAGAAGAGGAAGAGAAGAGAAGCCAGAAGAAGAAAGGGCGUACCUGGGGACCAAGUUCUCUUUGUCAUAAGGAGCUAGCUGCAGGAGAAGAUGGCCUGAAGUCUCUGGUAGAUGGAUACAAACAAUGGUCAUCUAGUGCUCCAAACCUAGGGAAAGUCCAGAGAACUACACCUGCCUUGCCAGGAUUCACCAGCCUAGCAGAGAUGGAGGAUGAAGACAACGAGUGUCUUAAUGGAGACGAAGUGCACCCUUCACCUGGGCGCACCCCAUCGUACCUCUGCAUCCCAUUUCAGAAGAGCGGAGACGUGGAUGGCCCACCCAGUGAUGCCAAUGAGGAGUCCACUCCCAUGAAUUCUGCUACAAGCACCCCUCAGCUCACCCCGACCAAUAGCCUUAAACGGGGUGGCUCCCAGCAUAAGCGGUGGGAGGUUGCCUUGCUCGGCUGUGGAGCAGUGCUGGCUGCUGCAGGCCUAGGCUUUGAUCUGUUGGAGGCAGGCAAGUGCCAGUUGCUGACCCAGGAUGAGCUGGAACCGCCCAAGGAGGAGAAGAAGAAGCGCGACAGUAUUUUCCAGCGGGCUGGGCGCCCACGCAGAAGCACCAGCCCACCUUCCCGGAAGCUCUUCAAGAAAGAGGACCCCCUGUUGCUGCUGGGCGAGCCCUCCACCUCACUGACCCUCCUCUCCCUGUCUUCCAUUUCUGAAUGUAACUCCACCCGCUCCCUGCUGCGCUCAGACAGUGAUGAGAUUGUGGUGUAUGAGAUGCCCGUCAGCCCUGUGACAGUCAAGGCUCCCUUGCCAGUAGUUACUAACCCGCUGGUCAAUGUACGCAUUGAGAGGUUCAAGCAGGACCCCAACCAAUCCCUGACUCCCACACAUGUGACUCUCUCUUCCCACGCCCAGCAAAGGGGGCACAGGCGAACCCCUUCUGAUGGGGCCAUCAAAGUGGCUGGACUGGUUGCCAAUGGGUGCUCUCCCAGUGGGUGCACUUCCAGUAACUGUUUAACUGGUGCACUGGGCGCAGGUGUAUUAAAAACUCCCAGCCCAAGUCGAGAUCCAAAUGAGGUCCCUCGCCUGCCAGACCCCAACCUUGUCUUUCCUCCAACCCCAAGACGCUGGAAUGCACAGCAGGACUCCACACUGGAAAGACCCAAGACCUUGGAGUUCUUGCCAAGGCCACGCCCUUCAGCCAAUCGGCAGCGGCUUGAUCCCUGGUGGUUUGUGUCACCCAGCCAAGCUAGGGGUGAAUCCUCUGCCAACAGUUCAAGUACUGACACCCCAAGCAAUCUGGACUCCUGCUUUGCUAGUAGCAGCAGCACUGUAGAGGAGAGGCCAGGACUUCCUGCUCUGCUUCCUUUCCAGGUGGGUAUUCCUGUAGAGGAGCGGAUGCUAUUGGACAUAGAUGUUGAGGGGCAGAGCCAGGACAGCACAGUUCCGCUAUGCAGAACUGAACUUAAAACAACCAAACCUGCAGCGUAUGAACUGAAACAAGAGUUCUGGUCUUAGCAUGAAAUCCAUUAGGGGGCAGUAAGCCCCUUUAGAGUCAAUCAUACUACUUGCACUGAGAAUGCACUUUGAAGACAGAUAAAAUGGAGGGAUGCUACUGAGAUCAUAUAAUGGUGCUGCCUCUAUUGAAAAUGUAUUGUCUGACUGUCUGAUUUUUGUCUGCAGUUGGAUGUAACUGGGCAACUCAAAGCUGCUGACUUUUGCUGUGGGGAUUUUCUGUAGUCUUCCUUAUCUUGUUGUUGCAGUUUGAAAUGGCAAUAAGCAAAAAUGAUCAUAUCAAAGUCUCUGUAUUUGACCUCACAGAGCUUGACAAAUGUUGUAUAUUGGUAUAUAUCCCAGUAUUAAUCUGGAUCCUGAGAUCCCAAGUAUUACACUAUAUCAGGCACUGGUGUUUGGUAUUUUCCCAAGGCUGUCCAAAUGGGAGAAAUAGCAAAUAUUUGGAGAUUUGCUUCACUGAAUCCCACUCUUAUGGCAGGGUUGGUCUGGCAUCUACCCACUACCCCGGCAGAAGCACCUGGCCCACACAUGCUUGGAUUUUAUAGUCUCUAAUAAAUUCUUUGUUAAAUGCUCCUCAGAUGCAGUUUUCAUCUAGAACUCUGACACAUUCCAUCUAAUCUAAUUUAUAUACUAUAAUGUAGGCCCUUUGUGUGAGUGGACCUGUAGCUAGAACAGUAAUUCACUCUUUCUGUUGAGCUGUGUGUGACCUCAAAAGCAAGCUCUCCACACUGAUGAUGUAUAACAAAGCCAUCAGCAUUAGGAACCAGACAGUAUGUUUGGCUUGCAGAAAGAACUCCGUGUAUUCAUUAGUGAGGUUCUUCCUCACCCUGUCAAUGCUAGGAAAAUCAGGUAUGUAAUCCUAAUGGACUGCUUCCAUCGAAAUCCGUGGGAGCCAGAUCGGGCACUGAGGCCUCAUAUCAUGUAAAAAACAUGUAUCUGGAUUAAGCUAACGUCCUAACCAGUUCCAUUCUUUAU